AUGACUUCGUCCCUCGUGGCUGCUCGGCCUGCGGGUCGAUGCAACAUGAGAGGCGACUGUGGCAAGGCUUCCCUCUUCUCCCCAAGCCUGCCCUGCGCCCUCGACGAAGCACAAGCAGAACAGCCAGACGAUGAGCUACGAGCUUCUCUCACAUCCCUCUGUGGAUCAGCUUACGCACAAGGACCCGUAUGCUGCACAGCCCCUCAGGUCGAAGCACUCGCUGCCAAUUUGCAGAGAGCCGAAGCACUCAUCUCCUCCUGCCCAGCCUGUCGUAACAAUUUUCGAGGUUUCUUCUGCACAUUCACCUGCUCACCAAACCAAUCUCAAUUCCUCGACAUCUCUUCUUCUCAAAAGACUGGUGGUGGAGAGGAUGGAGAUACAGCAGUCAAGAGUGUGGAGUACUGGGUGACGGAAGACUUCAAGAGGGGCUUCUUUGACAGCUGCAAGAAUGUCAAAUUUGGCGCAUCCAAUGGUUUCGCAAUGGACCUCAUCGGUGGGGGAGCAAAGGAGGCAGAUGAAUUCCUCAAGUACAUGGGUGAUGAAAAGCCCCUUCUUGGCUCCCCUUUUCAGAUCAAUUUCCCUCAUGCUGAUGCAGCAGCUACAGGCAAGAGCAGCGGCAGCGAUCAGACCCCUAGCAAUGUCUCCUUCUCGUCUUCUCUUCCUGCUUUACCCUUCGAGGGCCCAGCAAGGGGCUGCGCAGAUCCUGAUCUCUCCUCAAGAUGUGCUUGCACCGACUGUCCCGAAGUCUGUACGGUGUUGCCUCACCUCGAUCCACCGCAACGAGGUGUGACGUGCAGAGUGGGAGCCAUCUCGUGCUACUCUUUCGCCUUGGUCAUCAUCUACGCUCUCGGCCUUGUCGCUGCUAUCGUUGGAUACGGAGCUGGCAAGAGGAUCAAAUCUCGGCGGCACAAGAGGAUAGGCAUCAGGCAUCGGACCAGCGGGAUCAGCGUAGCCAGCGAGGGCAGCGGAUACGAGCGUGUGAGGCUCAGCACAGAAGAUGAGGCGGAAGGGUCCUUAGAUCACAGUCCCCAGAGCUCAAAUGGCGGCAGAGGAGAGAACGUCGGUCUCCUGGGAGCUCGAGGUCUUGGUGGAUUCGAUGGAGAAGAAGAGUCCAACUCAAGCGCCGGCGCCGGACCUCAUCGUGGUCGCGGUCUGGGAAGCUUCGGCUCAGGCUCGAUAGACGCCCUUGGUACAACACAACCUCGGACGUACGCCCUGCAAAACGUCCUCACCUCCUUCUUCUACAAGCUAGGGCUCCUCGUCACGCGGGCUCCUCUGCUCACCUUCGCAAUCUCGCUCAUCUUUCUGGCCUUGUGCAACCUCGGCUGGUCCAGCUUCCGAGUGGAAACCGAUCCGGUGCGGCUGUGGGUUGCUCCGAACUCCGAGUCGAAGCUGCAGAAGGAAUACUUUGACGAGCACUUUGGACCCUUUUACCGGACACAGCAGAUCUUCUUGAUGGACAAGGAGGGCAAGGACUUUGUACGCACGCCUGAUCAUUUGCAGAGACUUGGCGAAAUCGAUCAGCUUCCCGCUGCUCUCAACUUUGAACGGUUGCAAUGGAUGCAGGAUCUCGAGGCGGAGAUUAGCUCGCUGCAGUCCAAGCCGAGUGGAUACAGACUGCGAGACGUUUGCUUCGCGCCCACUGGGGCAGGCAAGUGCGUCGUACAGUCUGUGCUCGGCUACUUUCAGAAUGACCUCGAUGGCGCUGGCGUCGAUGGCUCGAAUUGGAAGGAUGCUGUCAACUCGUGCGCUGGAGCCCCGGCUGAAUGUCUACCCAUCUUUGGUGCCCCGAUGAAGAGUAACGUCAUCCUUGGAGCGAUCCCAGAGAGCAUCUCUGAGCCAGUCCAAGGUGGCAAUGCAGUCCACACCCGCCCUGGAGAACCUUCCGAUGCCCGUUCGGCUGUCAUCACGUACGUCGUGAACAACUCCCUUAACAAGACAGAGGUCGCCAUCGCUGAAGAGUGGGAGAGGGCGCUGGAGGACCUACUCUUCAGCAUUGCUGGUAUCAACAAUGCACCUGUGCAUCCUUUGGGAGUCAGGAGACAAGAUCUGGGACUGGAACUCGCCAUUAGUACCGAAAGCAGUCUACAACAAGAGCUGGGGAGCUCUUCCAAUACGGAUGGCCCGACCAUCGUUGCUUCGUACCUCCUGAUGUUCUUGUAUGCGGCCAUGACACUCGGUGGCGGCACAGCGAGCGGCAUUAUCGCAGAUCGCAUCGGCUCCAAUCGUGCAGCCACCUCCCGAGCUAACCAAGCAGCUCCUCAUGGGGCUGCUCUGCGGACCGGACUCGCCGGAAGAAUCAUGGGCUUCAUGCCCAGUCGUGCCUCCUCUGGCCAGCGCAGAGCUGCGUCUCAAUCAAUGUCCUCCUCUAGCUUCAACACUCGGAUCAUGCGACGCUUCUUUGUCAACUCCAAGUUCACACUAGGCCUCUUCGGCAUCGUCAUUGUUCUGGCCUCUGUAUCCUCGGCAAUCGGUCUCCUGUCAGCAAUGGGUGUCAGCACGACGUUGAUCAUUGCGGAAGUGCUGCCUUUCCUCGUACUCGCAGUCGGAGUUGACAACAUCUUCCUCCUCUCCAAUGAAAUGGACAGGCAGUCCACACUCUCAAGUACUGCUAAUCCAUACUCAUCUGCGAGCCUGGCCAGGAGCGGAAUGCCACCGGCUGGGCUUCAAGGGCGGGAAUCUCUCGACAUCGAUUCUACGGAGGAGGGAGACGAUGACGACAUCUUCGGAGGGCCAAUCGAUGCGACUCCUCAGUUCCACCUCUCCUCCUCGGAGCGAGCAGCAAGAGCACUAUCGCGGAUGGGUCCUUCCAUUCUCCUCUCGGCAACGACGCAGAUCACUGCUUUCCUUUUAGGAGCAAUCGUGCCCAUGCCUGCUGUGCGCAACUUUGCUCUCUAUGCGGCCUUUUCCAUGUUCAUCGUCUUUGUGCUGCAGUGCACUUGCUUCGUGGCAGCUAUGAAGCUCGAUGCUGAUCGUACGGAGAGCAGUAGAGUGGACUGUUUACCCUGCUUCAGGCUGUCAGGCGCAAUUGCCCUAGGCAACGGUGCAGGAUCGAUGGUCCUCCCGCAUGCCAGUGAGGGCGUCCUUGGCCGCUUCAUCCGGAGGUACUACGCCGCUACGCUCGUCAAGCCUUUUGUGAAGAGGAUCGUACUGGUUCUUUUCUCGGGGCUGUUCGUCCUGAGUCUCAUUGGCGCUCGCAAGGUGGAGAUGGGACUGGAUCAGCGAUUGGCCCUGCCUACCACUUCGUACCUGCGUGACUACUUCAACUCGCUCGACGCAUUCCUCGAUGUCGGACCUCCCGUCUACUUUGUAGCUCGUCAAGUCGACCCAAGCCAUCGCAAAGAUCAGCAAGCCCUCUGUGGUCGCUUCACCACCUGCCACGACCUCUCGCUAGCCAACGUACUAGAGGGCGAGCGCAAGCGUCCUGCCGUCUCUUUCCUCGCGGAGCCUGCAAGCUCCUGGGUCGAUGACUUCUUCACCUAUCUCAACCCGGUCCUGGAGAGCUGCUGCAGAGUCAAGAAGGCAGAUCCUAUGCAGUUUUGUCUACCUAGAGAUCCAGAGAGCCGCUGUCAGCCCUGCUUCCAGGAUCGGGCUGUGCCGUGGAACAUCACACUCGAAGGUAUGCCUCAAGAUGAAGAGUUCAUGCGGUACCUGGAGCAUUGGCUGCAGGCGCCUACGAAUGAGGAUUGUCCCUUGGGUGGUCAGGCUUCCUACUCUGCUGCUUUGAGCAUCGUGCGCGCCGCAGAGGCGGACAAGAACGUCGUUGCGAGCCACUUCAGGACAUAUCACACUCCCCUCCGCUCCCAAGCAGACUUCAUCGACGCUCUCAAAUCCGCACACCGCAUCUCUGCCGAUAUCACCUCUGCCAAUUCAGUCGGUGACGGUGCAGGCGAGGUGGAGCUGGAAGUCUUUCCCUACUCGAUCUUCUACGUCUUCUUUGACCAGUACCUACACUUGAUCAAGAUUGCCACUGUGGUUCUCGGCGGGUCUCUCCUGUCCAUCUUUGCCAUCACCACUCUCCUCCUCGGCUCCUGGCGCACAGGACUAGUAGUGACCAUCAGCGUCAUCAGUGCCCUGACUGGCGUGGUGGGCUUCAUGGGCAUAGCCGGUAUCGGGUUCAAUGCCCUCACCCUGGUGAAUCUCAGCGUAUGCGCUGCCAUCUGCGUGGAAUUCCAAGCGCACGUAGCAAAGAGUUUCAUGAAGAGUCCUAGCUAUCUACCCCGUGGACACCCAAUGGCCCAGAAAGCCCGCGAUGAGAGAGCUUGGAGCGCUCUGAGCGAUGUAGGCGGUUCGGUCCUGAGUGGAAUUACCGGCACCAAGCUCGUAGGAAUUUCCGUCUUGGCUUUCACCCGCUCGGAGUUGCUCAGACUGUACUAUGCUCGUAUGUGGCUAGCCUUGAUCCUCCUUGGUGCCACGCAUGGGUUGAUCCUACUACCUGUUCUGCUGAGUUACUUUGGUGGUGCGGGUUAUGCUUCGCAUGAGGAUGAGGGAGAGGUGAGACAUCGUUUGCUUAGGGCGCAGGAUACGGCAGAAUAUCGACCAUUUGCUGGGGAUGAAGAGGAGGAGGAAGAAGAUGAGGAUGAGGAGGCGGGGAGUGUGGAUAGUAGAGAGGGGAGGUACUGA